GUUUCAAAACUUUUCACACCAACACCUAUAAUCUUCAUAAUUAACCUCUUAUAUAGAUAUAUACAUACUACUCUUGGAUCAAUUUGCUAAAAUAUUCAAAGCAACCUUAAAAUUUAGAAAUGGAUAUGGUGACGAGAAUGGUGUCUGAGAGACCGGUGGUCAUAUUCAGUAGAAGUUCGUGUUCUAUGUCUCACACGAUAAAGACACUCCUAUUGGAAUUUGGAGUAAACCCAGCGGUGUAUGAGCUAGACGAGAUCUCCAAGGGCCGGGAGAUUGAGCAAGCCCUGUUGAGGCUGGGACGAAAUCCUAUCGUCCCAGCUGUGUUCAUAGGAGGUCAAUUUGUGGGUGGAGCUAAUGAGAUUAUUGGCCUUCACCUUCAACGGUCUUUACAACCAAUGCUAAAGAAUGCCGGAGCACUAUGGGUCUGAUACGAUCCAUCGAUCAACCCGGCCUUAGCUUUAUUAACCCCUUAAUGUAAUAAAUGCGCGCUUUACAUAAAUCGCAUAUAUAUCGACCAGUCGGUCGUUUAUAUACAGUAUGUCAAGUUGAGUAACAAAAUCGGCUUGAAGAGUUUUUGAAAUAUAUAUACGACAUUGAAAUAAAAAAUAUCGUAUCGUCUUUUGACUA